UGUAGGUUUAAAGGAUAUCAAGGAAUGGCCAAUGAAUUAGUCAGUAGGCUAGGAUAUGAUACUAUCGGCGGUGUAGGCAAGUGACUGCCUGACUUUUUCAAGAGCUAACUAUGCUAUUAUAACAUUUGCGGUGUUUAGGGUUACUAUUUUACAGCGUUAGUGUAAGUGCAGACAUGAAAAAAUACCUCUGGGGUGAUCUAUUGUCAUAACUAGGCUACUACACUAUCGUCUUCAAUAAAAAAUGAUGCCUGAAAUUAGAGGGACAGAAAAAUCGGCAUAGUGAAGUGAAUGACUUUCCUUCUUUAUCCUUGAAGAUAUAGCUGGGCAUUAUGUAAACAAACAGUGUGGGUAGGGCGUGACUAUAUAAUGUAAUCAUAAUCGUUUGAUUGGUGAUCUACUGUGAGUGACUGCUGUAUCGCUCCAAACAGAACGCCAAUUUGAGCAAGCGCUGUGAAAUCGGAAGUUUUGGGAAGGUUUUCUACAGCGCGAAUCUGUGAUCCCUGUCGCUGAAGUCCCAGACCAUGAACUACGUGGGCCAGCUGGCGGAGACGGUGUUCGUGACUGUGAAGGAGCUGUACCGCGGCCUCAACCCGGCCACGCUUACCGGCGGCAUCGAUGUCAUUGUGGUGCGCCAGCCUGAUGGCAGCUUCCAGUGCUCGCCCUUCCACGUGCGCUUUGGCAAGCUGGGGGUACUGCGCUCCAAGGAGAAAGUGGUGGAUAUUGAGAUCAAUGGCGAGCCGGUGGACUUGCACAUGAAGCUGGGGGACAAUGGGGAAGCCUUCUUUGUGGAGGAGAAUGAGGACCUGGAGGCCAGGGUACCGGCCCACCUCUGCACCUCACCGAUCCCCAUGAAGCUAGUGGAGGGCUCGGACGAGACUGCCGAACCCCCGGGGUCUGGGGUGGCCCCUGGCUCUCGCCGCAAGAAACGCAGACGGAAACGCGCUCGCUCGGACCGCAGAGACGACGAUGACAGCUCCUCCUCCGAGCCCCCCGACCAGGAAGAGGAGUCAGUCCUCGCUGCAAGUAAGUCGGUGUACUUCUCCGUCUCCGAAGAUACUUUUGACGAUCUGUCCGCUUGUCCAUCUCAGUCGUGGGACGUCCUCCAUCACUCAGAUGGGGAAGUGUCCCCAAACGAGAGCGCUGUGUUCAACAGUCGGCCCCCCUCCCCCAAGAGUGACUCAGAGCUGCUGGUCAAGCCACAGGAGUCAGUGGGGCCGCAGAUGCAGUGGAUCUGGGGGGGCUUCCCACAGGUAUGCCAGUCUGAAAGGUCUUCAGCAGACCCUCAGCGCACCCCGACCUCCCCCAUCACUCCCUCCGAGAGCUCCCACUUCCGAACCAUCCACCGGCAGGACUCCUUUGACCUGGACUUCUCAAACAACACCGCCGCCUCCUUCGCGCCUGUUACUGUGGUGAGACCCAGGCCCAGGACACCCCUAACGGACUCCUACUCCCCCGGGUCCUUCCCAUUCGUCACCCACUCCACCCCCAGCCAAGCUCCGGAAACCCCCCAGUGCCUCGUGCCCACGCCAGCCCAGGUGGAGACACUCACGCCCGGGGAAACACAGCACUUCCAGCACCCCCAGCCUGGUACAGAGUCACUGGAGGCCGUAAUUGACUCAGAGAGCUUUACACACGCUGAGAACAACACUGCAGUGUCUUCAGCAAACACACGACAUUCCUCUACCACAUUGAGCAGCUCCAGCUGUUCCAGCUUAGGCCCCGCAGACCUCAUGCCGAGCACAGAUGUCGCAACAGACCCGACCAGUGGCUCCCCAGAGCCGGCAGACCUGGACACUGCAGAGGGAACCAGCUCUCGAGAGGUAGACAGUGGGAUAGAGCCCAGUGCCGAGGGACUGGAGGAGGACGACCACAGGGAGGAGAGUGUCAGAUCGCAGGCCAAUCAGGAUGCAGACUGUUCUGGACAGAGAGAGAGUAGUGAAGAUUUGGACCAAUCAGAGGAGCGUCCCGGCUCUGCAGAGCCUCCCUCCAAAUCGGCAGAUUGUCAGGACAAGAGGAAAGGUAAGCGCAGUCAGCACCUGGGACCCUCCGAUAUCUACCUGGAUGAUCUCACUAAGCUGGACCCUGAGGUGGCGGCUCUCUACUUCCCCAGGAGUGAGACUGAGUCAGCUUCCAGGCCAGAUGCUGACCAGUCAGGGAACCAGUCCCCCCAGUCGGGGAACCAGUCCCCCCAGUCGCUUGGCAGUGCCAACAUGGACAGUGGCUCAGACUACCUGUCUGACGCUCCCGCCGACACCUUGGACGUCACCAUGUCUCUGUGUGGGAGAGACGGAGGCAGCCAGAUCAACAAAGAGAAGUUCAUGGAGCACAUUGUCACUUUUCAGCAUUUUGUGAGCAACCCAGGAAUCAUAGAUGAUCCAAACCUUGUCAUCUGCAUCAACAACAAGUACUAUAACUGGGCUGCGGCAGCUCCUAUGGUGUUGUCCAUGCAAGCCUUCCAGAGGAAUCUUCCAAAGAGCACCAUCGAGCAGCUGGUGAAGGAUAAGAUGCCAAAGAAGUCUGGCCUGUGGUGGUUCUCCUGGAGGAGGAAGGACAUGGACACCAGCCAGGCCGGGUUAAAGCAAGAACAGCAAGCACAGACUGAAUCAACAGACCCUCUGUCUGAUCCCUCAACUUCAAAGCAGCACUCUGAGGAGCAGUCCACUGUUGAGACGCUGUCUGGGACCGUUGAGACGCCGUCUGGGACCGCCGGGAUGCCCAGUCCAUCUGAUACCAUGACCACAGAACAGUGCAUCAGCCAGAUGUACCGCAAGUCCCUCCGCCUCACCUCCGAGCAGAUAGAGCGUUUGAACCUGAGGGAGGGGGCCAAUAAGGUGGUCUUCAGCGUGACCACUCAGUACCAGGGUACCUGCCGCUGUGAGGCUGCCAUCUAUCUGUGGCACUGGGACGACAGGGUCAUCAUCUCGGACAUUGAUGGAACCAUCACAAAGUCUGAUGCCCUUGGGCACAUUUUGCCUCAGCUUGGCAAAGACUGGACUCAUCAUGGAAUUGCUAAACUCUACCACAAAAUCCACAAGAACGGCUAUAGGUUUCUGUACUGCUCUGCGCGUGCUAUCGGCAUGGCAGCCAUUACUAAAGGCUACCUGCAGUGGGUAAACGACGGAGGAGUUGUCCUUCCAAAGGGACCGGUUCUAUUAGCUCCCAGCAGCCUGUUUUCUGCCCUACACAGAGAAGUGAUCGAGAAGAAGCCAGAGGUGUUUAAGAUCGCUUGUCUCAAUGACAUCAGGGACCUCUUCAAUCCACACCGGCAGCCUUUCUAUGCAGCCUUUGGCAACAGAACCAAUGAUGCAUAUGCAUAUAAGGAAGUAGGAGUACCAGAGACUCGUAUCUUCACUGUAAAUCCUAAGGGAGAGCUCAUUCGGGAGAAGAGCAAAGGCAACAUUUCCUCGUAUGCUCAUCUGAGUGAGCUGGUGGAACAUGUUUUCCCGGUCAUCUGCAACGGUCAGACGUCCAUCAGCUUCCACUGCCCAGAGUACAGCCACUUCACUUACUGGAGGGAGCCUCUACCUCCCGUGGACCUGGAUUCAAUUUAGACCGAUCCACUCUCGUCACUCCUCACUUCUGUCCAACUCAAUCCUGUCUCUCUGUGGACUGCUGUCUUCGUCUUGCCAGUUGUCUUCAACGAAACUGCUAGAAAUGACCACUCAAGUGAUCCUGUGACUGCCUUACCAUGGGACAAACUGGGGUUUACUUGUAUUAAUUUGAUAAGAAAUGGAUUUCACGGUUUUUAUAUAUAUUUUUACUUCUAGAAUUUCUUUGUCAGUCCUCCAGAGAGAAUGCAGAAAUACAUGAGAUUGAUCUUAACACUUUUUGUUAGGGAUAGACACAUCCCAACAUGCCUUAGACAUCUCAACAGGGUUGUUCUCCUUUGCACCUUCGAAGCAGUUCUGAUGCCUUUCAUUCGGCUGGGCUUUACUUUCGCUUUUGCCAUUACCCAGUUAUUUUUAAUAUGUUAAAGCAUGUAGCUGGACAAAAAAAAAAAACCUGUCUUUUAGAACAAUUUCAAACAUCUGCUAACAUAGUCUUUGUGUAUGUAAUACUAAAAUAAUAUUGUCUGUCUGUGGUCUCGUGUACAAGCAAGAAUGUGUUCCCAUGUAUUUAUGUUUUUAUGUGGUUUCAUUUAAGUGAGGAAGGCGGUAAUUUAUUUUUAGGUGUAAAUGGUUGCUGACUUGAACUUAAAACUUGGACCAAAAGGGCUUUCUAAUUGACAAGCUUUUCCACUUUAAAUAGUGACUAAAUAGUGGUAGGAGACCGUAGAACAUGGCAUUGGAUCAUAGCUUUGGCCUACUCAGACAAUAUCAUUUCAAUAUGGUGAUAUUAA